AUGCAGCGUCAUUUGGAGCAGCGUUAUUUGAUAAAGUUCUGUGCGAAACUGAACAAAACCGCUACAGAGACUUUUGGUAUGAUUCAAGAAGCCUAUAAAAAAGAAGCCAUGUCACGUGCAAUGGUUUUCAUGUGGCACAAGAGGCUCAAAGAUGGCCGCGAGGACGUUGACGACGAUGACCGCGCUGGGAGACUUUCAACAAGCCGAACUCAUGAAAAUUUGGUGAAAGGGUCACUGACACGCACUUACGCCACUAGCGAUCUGCUUACUCCAGCGUCUCGGAGGCAAUUGCCGCUGAACGGUCGGUUAGCUGACACCCCCAACUACUUUACCCUGUCGGUGGAACCGGUCUGCGCGCCUUCUCCUACUCAGGAAAAAAUCAGUCUUGAAACUUUGUGA